AAGUAGUAACAAAUAUUUCAAAAAAAUCAGCCAUUAGAAAGCAUGUAAAUACCAAAGAUCACAAUGAUGCAAAAAAAUUAGAAAAGGCAAGAAUACAAAUGGAAUCAUUACAAAAUCAAAUCUUUUCUUCUAAUGUAAAUGAAAAUCAUAAUACGGGCUUUUUAUUUUUAGCAAAACAUAAUUUACCUCUUAAGCUUUUAACUUCAACUAUUAAAUUAAUAAAAGAAUCAGGUUCACCAAAUCUUUUUAGUGGUUCAAUUACAUAUACAAAUCAGAAUUCAGGAAAUGAAUUUUUGGAAGCAAUAUAUAAUAUUAUUGAAAAAGAAAUUUGGAAGGAAUUAUCUGAUGUUAUAGCAUUUGGCAUAAUGAUUGACGAAAGUACAGAUAUUACUAUUACAAAACAUUUAGAUAUAUAUGUUUUAUGUGUAACAUUUGCUUCUGAUGAUGCUUCAGUUAUGUUGGGAAAAAAGGAAGAUGUAGCUGUAAAGCUUUUUAGAGUAUGUUCUUAUCCUUUAAUUGUUAAUCAUUGUGUAGCUUACAGAUUAGCUUUAACAUGUAAAGAUGCAAAAAAGAAGUUAGAUUUUAUAGAGAAGUUGAAUCCUUAG